UAUUUAAUUUUUCAACCCCAUUAAGAAAAAGUUCGAUCUUUACCUCAUCAGUAGUUCAAAUCUUUACCCUUUUCCGCAUCCUCUUCUCGUAUAUUUCUCUGUUCAUCUACCUCCAACAAUCCCAGAUUCGUUCAAUUUGAAAUCUGCGCAUUUUCACAGGUUACAUAGGUGGAAAAGGAGAAGAGAUGGAUCCAGAUUCAGUUAAAUCGACUCUCUCUAAUUUGGCAUUUGGAAAUGUAAUGGCUGCUGCUGCUCGUGAUUACCAGAAGGAAGUGCUGGCUCAAGAAAAAGCGCAAGCAUCAUCUUCUGUUAAUGAAGACAUAGAUCUUGAUGAACUGAUGGAUGAUCCUGAGCUGGAAAAGUUGCAUGCAGAUAGGAUUGCCGCUCUCAAGAAAGAAGCAGAGAAGCGACAAGCUUUAAAAAGGCAAGGGCAUGGAGAAUAUAGAGAGAUUACGGAAGGAGAUUUCUUGGGUGAAGUUACUGGUAGUGAGAAAGUGAUUUGUCACUUCUAUCAUCGAGAGUUCUACCGAUGCAAGAUCAUGGAUAAGCAUUUGAAAUCUCUUGCGCCAAUACAUGUUGAUACAAAGUUCUUAAAGUUGGAUGCUGAGAAUGCUCCUUUUUUUGUUACAAAGCUGGGAAUUAAAACUCUACCAUGCGUCAUCUUUUUCAGGAAUGGAAUAGCUUCAGAUAGGCUGGUUGGUUUUCAAGAUUUGGGAGGAAAAGAUGACUUCAGCACAAAGGCUUUGGAGGGUUUUCUGUUAAAGAAAGGAAUAAUCAAAGAGAACAAGAAAGAAGAAGAGGAUGAUGAUUCAUAUGAUGAUAGAAAUAGAUCAGUGAGAUCGUCAAUCAAUCCUGAUUCUGAUUCAGACUGAUUGUUUCUUCUAAUCAAACGAGUAUUUAUCAACAUCUUCCAUUUGCUGAAUCUCACAGAUCUUGGGAUACCUCAUAUUAUCUAAUACAAUGUAUUUGCAUUGUUGAGAUGAUAACUGCAAAAGAUUGAAUAGUCUGCUUGAGAUAGUAUGUUGUAGUAGUUUAACAUUUCUAUCAGUUGCUUCUUAGUCCAGUUAUACGGAGAGAAGAAAACGAACUGUAUUAUUGCAAAGUGGUCUGAGUUCUUCCCAUUUCUCCCAACGGGUUCUUGAAAAUAUGUAGUUGUAUCUAAAUUCUCUUACUCUAUUAUUGUUAUGUUUUCGAGAAAAUGAACGAAGAGACGGGAUAGCUUUGCAGUUUUCACCUUUCUGAAAAGGUCUGAUAUUGUUACAAGUUAA